CUUCUUCAUCAUCUCUAUAUAUACAGAAUAAUGCCUUUCCAUUAUUAAUUCUCUCAAAUCAACAAGUACUCCAUAGCUACUUCCAAUGAUGGAAAAUCAUCACCAGAACAACACCUGGACAGAGCUAUUUCAUUCGUCUGGAAUUGAUGUGAAUCGAGCGCCGUCAGUGGCGGAAUGCGAGGAGGAAGCGGUGGUUUCGUCACCAAACAGCACCAUUUCGAGCAUAAAUGGGAAGAGGAGUGAGAGGGACGCGAUUGGAGAUGAGAAUAAGGCAGAGGGGGCUUCAUGCUUUCGCGAGAGUGAUGAUGAAGAUGGCGGAGGUGGUGGCGGGUCACUGAAGAAGCUCCGGUUGUCAAAGGAACAGUCAAUGAUUAUGGAAGAGACGUUCAAGGAGCACAGCACUCUGAAUCCGGUGAGUAGUAGCUGGAACCCAGUGCCUGGGUUUGCGACGAACCCAGCAAAGGUUAAAACAAAAAAAAAAAAAAAAAAAAAAAGCCAGAGAAAGGAGAGGAUAAGACAGAAGGGGAAGAAAAUGGGGAAAAAUAAGUAAUUACAAAAUAAAUUUUAAAAUGUUUA